UUCAACCCCCCUCUCCAUUUCGAGACUGCUGCUACCUCUCAAACCUCAUCCAUCCACCACUGCCCCUCUUCCCCACGGAGGCGCGCGCUCCCACGCGAUGGACAGCCUCCACCAUUACCUCGUUGACCACCCAACGCUGGCCAACUUCGAGUGGAAACAAGGCCACACUUGGGGCGCCUCCACCCAAUUCCUGACCCUCACCAUCUUCUGCUAUCUCACCCUCACUUACCUUCUCUCCCACUCCCAAAUCCCCACCCUCCACCCCCUCCUCCUCCGCCCCAUCUCCGCCGCCCACAACCUCCUCCUCCUCCUCCUUUCCCUUGCGAUGGUCGUCGGAUGCUCCCUCUCCGCAGCCUCCCAAACCCCCGAUACCCGUUGGAUCUUCUGCUUCCCACCCGACACCCCUCCCUCCGGGCCCACCUUCUUCUGGGCCUACGUCUUCUACCUCUCGAAAAUCGUUGAAUUUAUUGACACCUUCUUGAUCAUCCUUAGUGGGAGCAUCAAACGGCUGUCCUUCCUCCACGUCUACCACCACACCGUCGUCCUCAUCAUGUGCUAUAUAUGGCUCCACACCUCGCAGUCUCUGAUGCCGGUGGCGCUCGUCACCAAUGCGAGCGUCCACGUGCUAAUGUACACCUACUACUUAUCCUGCACACUAGGGUGGCGUCCACGGUGGAAGCGCGUGGUGACAGACGUUCAGAUUGUGCAGUUCAUGUUCAGUUUUGCUGUUUCGGGUUUGAUGCUGUACUACCAUUUUAGUGGAAUAGGGUGCUCUGGGAUCUGGGGUUGGUGCUUUAAUGCGGUUUUCAACGCUUCUCUUUUGGGUCUCUUUCUUGACUUUCAUUUCAGGAACUAUGCCCGGAGGAAGAAGGAGGAGAAAGCUAAAGGGUCUUGAUUUUGUAGUUUUUGUUGGAAUUUGUUUAUUGUCUGGGCAUCAGACGGUAGUGAUUGGCCAGGAGAAGGCUAAAGGGUCCUGAUUUUGUCCAA